GUUAAAAUUCAAGAUUAAACAGUGCGCCGUGAAUACUUGCACGUUAUAGUUUUCUAACAUAUCAUCCCCCGCGCGAACAGUCCGACCUUCGCAAGGUCACGCGAGAUCGAUAGAGCCGUCUGCAUACGUGCGGAUUUCAAUGCAGCCUCAAUAAUUCCGGAAAUUUUCGAUUAAUAAUCAUUUCGCAGCAUUCGGGCGAGGAGGAAAUCUAGCAGUGCAUUUGGAUUAACAAAGGACACCUGUGAAAAGAAAGAGGCACUGAAACCAUCUUUUGUCUGGGAGAGAAACACAGUGUAUAAAGUCGACGUCGUCGUGUUAUUGUAACAAUAAAUCAGAAAACCUUCCCAUCAUGCCUCUGAAACUGGUUCCUUGGGAUGUGUUUAAGCAUCAUCUGCGUCACCAUCACGGGACCAAGCCGUUGAUGGCGGUGUUUGGGUUAGGUGCUUUCCUUUCUGUUACAUAUCCAGUGUUUUGUCUUCUCACCAGCCCAGAUAUAAAACUAUGGAAACGACAAAAACGCCCACGAUAUGAAGAUGUUGAUAUCACAAAGAGUAAAACGAUAUAUACGGUGACACCUUUAGUUCAAAGAACUGGACCAGUAAGUGAAAUGGAGGUUCUAGCUCAUGAAGCAGUAGGACCUCGCCAAUAUGUGUAUGGAGAUGAAAGAAAGUAAACGGAAUAAGGAAUAAUAAUAUUUAUGGUCAAUGAGAGAUAACUGUGUUUGAAAAUUACAUUUUGUGUGAUUAUUGUGUUUUUUCGACUUUAAUAGAAUUUGAUGAUUUUUAAGAAUUGCACUGAUAUAUUGUUUAAUAAAUUUGAUGUCUGAAAAAGUA